GGAGCGACGGGCGCAGGCGCUGGAAGCUACAGCCAGGCCAAGAUGGCUGACAAGCAAGGUGCCGGAAGCGCUGCUUUUAGCAGCCGUACCCUCCAUGCUGAGGCCAUGGAGCGGGUUCUACCUGUGCUACUGGUGCCGGUCCCUGCAGAGGCGACGGGGCGGCUGGGACCUCGGGCGCAGCUGCACAGAGGGCAGGAAGCUUUGGGGAGCCUGACAGCUGCGGGCAGCCUCCAAGUGCUUUCCUUGGCGCCGGGCAGCCGGGGCCGGGGCUGCUGUCGCUUGGAGGGCCCCUUCAGGCACUUUGUAUGGGAGGACUCUCAUAAGAGCAGUACACCAACAGACAAGCCCAGACUACUUGCUCUUAGUGAAAACUAUGAACUGUGUAUAUAUGAAUUUAAUUUGAAAGAUGGAAAAUGUGAUGCCACCAUACUAUACACCUGCAGCGGGAAGACAUUGCAAAACCUCAUUGAAGAUCAGCAUAUUAGUACUUCUUUACUGUCUUUGAGAAUACUGUCAUUUCACAGUAACACAUCAUUAUUGUUUAUCAACAAAUGUAUUAUCCUACACAUUGUAUUUCCUGAGAGAGAUGCUGAGAUAAGAGUACUCAACUGCUUCACACUAUCUUUGCCUGCACAGACAGUGGAUAUGAUUAUUGACAUGCAGCUCUGCAGAGGAAUUCUUUUUGUUUUGAGUAGUUCAGGCUGGAUCUAUAUUUUUGACAUCGUGGAUGGUACAUAUGUAGCUCAUGUGGAUUUAGCACUUCUCCAGGAAGACAUGUGUAGUGAGCAGCAGCAGGAGCCAGACAAAUUCUCUUCCUUUACUUCACUGAAGGUGUCUCAGGACCUAGGUAUUGUGGUGAUUGUCAAGUCCUCCAACUCUGCAGUUGCUCUUAACUUAAAUUUGUAUUUCAGGCAACAUCCAGGACACUUACUAGGUGAAAGAACACUAGAAGACCUUCCUAUUCAAGGACCUAAGGGGAUAGAUGAAGAUGAUCCUGCUAACUCUGUCCACAACAUGAAACUGACCAAGUCUUCCUUCCAAGUUGAUAGGUCUUGGAAGGCCCAGCUGUCUUCACUGAAUGAAACAAUAAAGAGCUCUAAACUAGAGUUUUCCUGCUGUGCUCCAUGGUUUCAGGAUGUUUCACAUUUGGAGUCUCCUGAAUUUGGUAACCACAGUGCCAGUGUGCUAAGCUGGGUUUUCAUUCCACAGGACAUCAUGCAUGUACAGGGUGCUUUUCCACAGAAAGAUCAUGCUACGACCAGUUAUUCAGAAAAAUCAUGGAAGAUACUGAACCUCAAUGAACAAGAGCAACCUGUAGAGCUUAAAUGUAUGUCUGUGACAGGAUUUACUGCACUGUUUACUUGGACAGAGAAAAGGUCUGGUUGCACCAUUGUCCUCUGGGAUUUGGAGACGGAGGGCUUGAGGUGUUCCCUUGACCAGAAGUGUAUUCCUAUAGACAGUAGUGGAGACAAGCAACUGUGUCUUGUUUUGACAGAAAGUGGACUCUCUCUGAUUUUGUUUGGUUUAACUCAAGAAGAGUUUUUAAACAGACUAAUGAUCCAUGGAAGUGCCAGCACUGUGGACUCUCUCUGUCAUCUCAAUGGUUGGGGAAGGUGCUCAAUUCCCAUACAUGCACUGGAGGCUGGGAUAGAAAAUCGUCAACUGGACACAGUAGAUUUCUUCUUGAAGAGCAAGGAAAAUCUUUUUAGUCCAUCUUCAGAAUCUUCUGUACCUGAUCAGUUUCAUCACUUUCCAUCCCAUUUAUAUUUAAAAAAUGUGGAAGAACUGACACCAGCAUUGGAUUUACUUUGCUCAGCAAUUAGAGAAAGUGAUUCUGAAACUCAGAGCAAACACUUUUCAGAACAAUUGCUUAAUCUUACACUGUCUUUCCUUAACAAACAAAUAAAGGAGCUUUUUAUUCAUACUGAAGAGCUAGAUGAGUAUCUACAGAAAGGAGUGAACAUUUUGACUAGCUACAUUAAUGAACUACGAACAUUCAUGAUAAAGUUUCCUUGGAAGCUAAUAGAUACUGUAGAUGAAUAUGAUGUAAAUGAAAAUAUUCCCACAGUAAAGGAGAACGAUACAUGGGAGAAACUCAGCUUCAAGGAAGUUAUUGCCAAUGCCAUUUUAAACAACAAAAUACCAGAGGUGCAAACCUUCUUCAGAAUUAAUGGUCAUUCUGCUCAAAGACUCGAGGAGCUGAUUAGGGUAGGCCUAGGUUUGGUCUUCAACAAUUUAAAAAAGAACAACAUAAAGGAAGCCUCUGAACUCUUGAAGAAUAUGGGCUUUGAUGUGAAAGACCAGUUGCUGAAGAUAUGCUUCUAUACAACUGAUAAAAAUAUACGGGACUUUUUGGUUGAAAUCUUAAAAGAAAAGAACUGUUUUUCUGAAAAAGAAAAGAGAAUUGUAGACUUUGUGCAUCAAGUUGAGAAGCUGUAUUCAGGACACGUUCAAGAAAGUACACAGAUCCAGUCCUUUCCCAGGUACUGGAUAAAGGAACAAGAUUUCUUCAAGCACAAAUCUGUUUUGGACUCAUUCCUCAAGUAUGAUCUUAAAGAUGAAUUUAACAAACAGGACCAUAGAAUUGUCUUAAAUUGGGCCCAGUGGUGGGAUCAACCAACACAAGAAUAUAUUCUCCUCCCCAGGAUAAGUCCAGAAGAAUACAAGUCGUAUUCUCCAGAAGCCCUCUGGAGAUACCUCACAGCUCGCCAUGAUUGGUUAAACAUUACCUUGUGGAUUGGAGAAUUUCAGAUGCAGGAAAGUUACGUUUCACUUCAGCAGAACAAGUGGCCCCCUCUGACAGUUGAUGUUAUUGAUCAGAAUACUUGUUGCAACAACUGCAUGAGGAAUGAAAUUUUAGAUAAGCUGGCCAGGAAUGGGAUUUUUCUUGCAUCUGAACUAGAAGACUUUGAACUCUUUCUCCUAAGACUGAGCCGUAUUGGAGGUAUAAUACAAGAUACCCUACCUGUUCAAAACUACAAGUCCAAGGAAGGUUGGGAUUUCCAUUCUCAACUCAUUCUCUACUGUUUGGAGCAUGGUCUGCAGCAUCUUCUUUAUGUCUACCUUGACUACUACAAACUUAGUCCUGAAAAUUGUCCUUUUUUGGAAAAGAAAGAAUUACUUGAAGCUCACCCUUGGUUUGAAUUUUUAGUUCAGUGUCGGCAAGUUUCCAGUAAAUUAACAGACCCCAAACUGAUCUUCCAGGCUAGCCUUGCAAAUGCCCAGAUUCUGAUUCCCACCAAUCAGGCCAGUGUAAGCAGUAUGCUGUUGGAAGGGCACACCCUCCUGGCCCUUGCUACAACCAUGUAUGCUCCUGGGGGUGUCAGCCAGGUUGUUCAGAAUGAAGAAAAUGAGAACUCUUCAAAGAAAGUAGAUCCUCAACUCUUGAAGAUGGCCUUAACUCCUUACCCGAAGCUAAAAACUGCUCUUUUUCCUCAGUACUCUUCUCCUAGUGUUCUGCCACCUGAUAUUACACUCUACCACCUCAUUCAGUCCUUAUCACCCUUUGAUCCCAGUAGAUUGUUUGGCUGGCAGUCUGCCAACACACUAGCAAUAGGAGAUACAUCAAGUCAUCUUCCACAUUUCUCUAGCCCUGACCUGGUGAAUAAGUAUGCUAUAGUGGAACGUCUGAAUUUUGCUUAUUAUUUACAUCAUGGGCGCCCAUCAUUUGCCUUUGGUACCUUUCUGGCCCAAGAAUUAACCAAGAGCAAGGUUCCCAAGCAGCUGAUCCAGCAAGUAGGCAAGGAAGCCUAUGUCCUAGGACUCUCUUCCUUCCACAUACCUUCAGUAGGAGCUGCCUGUGUUUGCUUCUUAGAAUUGCUUGGCCUUGACAGCCUCAAGCUCAGAGUUGAUAUGAAAGUGGCAAAUAUAAUUUUGAGCUACAAGUAUAGAAACGAAGAUGCUCAGUACAGCUUUAUCAAAGAGUCUCUAGUUGAAAAAUUGUCUAAACUGGCAGAUGGUGAAAAGGCAACCAUAGAAGAAUUGCUUGUUCUCUUAGAAGAAGGUAUAUGGAACAGCAUUCAGCAGCAAGAAAUAAAGAGGCUUUCCAGUGAAUCUAGCAGCCAGUGGGCAUUAGUGGUACAGUUCUGCAGGCUCCACAAUAUGACACUGAGCACAUCUUACCUUAGAGAAUGUGCCAAAGCAAAUGAUUGGCUACAGUUCAUUAUUCACAGCCAGCUCCAUAACUACAACCCCGAGGAGGUGAAAUCCCUUCUCCAGUACUUCAGCCCAGUCCUUCAAGACCACUUAACACUGGCUCUUGAGAACUUGCCAUCAGUGUUCACCUCUAGAGAGGACAGUGAUCAAGUCUACAACAACCUCCCCCAGGAACUCCAGAAAAACAAAGAAGAGAUGACUGAUGUCUUUGCAGUUCUGCUCCAGUGCUCAGAGGAGCCAGACUCCUGGCACUGGCUCCUGGCUGAGGCAGUGAAACGGCAGGCCCCUAUCCUCAGUGUCCUGGCCUCAUGUCUCCAGGAUGCCAGUGUUAUCCCUUGUCUCUGCGUUUGGAUCAUUACUUCUGUGGAAGAUAGUGUUGCAGCUGAAGCAGUGGGACACAUUCAGGGCUCAAUAAAGAACCAUACAUGGGAUCUUGAGGACCUUUCCAUCAUCUGGAGAACAUUAUUAUCAAGGCAGAAGAGUAAAACUCUCAUCCGAGGUUUCCAACUUUUUCUUAAGGAUUCCCCAUUACUGUUGAUGAUGGAGAUGUAUAAAUUGUGUAUGUUCUUCAAGAAUUAUAAGGAUGCCAAAGUUAAACUUCUGGAGUUCCAAAAGAGCCUUGAAACUCUUGACACAGAAGCUACCAGUGUCCUCCCUAUUCUACCUGCCACAUGGCUGAAGGAUCAGGUGUGUUUCCUUUUGAAGCUCAUGCCACAGCAGUGUCAGACCCAGUAUGAGCUAGGGAAGCUUUUAGAACUGUUUGGUGGAGCAGAGGAUCUCUUCUGUGAUGGUCCAGAUGUGAAGAAGUUGUAUGUCCUUAGCCAGAUUUUGAAGGAUACAUCCAUAGCCAUUAAUCAUGUAAUUAUUACCAGCUACAGCAUUGAGAAUUUUCAGCAUGAAUGCAGAUCCAUUUUGGAAAGACUGCAGACAGAUGGACAGUUUGCAUUGGCCAGGAGAGUAGCAGAAUUAGCUGAGUUACCUAUGGACAGCCUGGUUAUUGAAGAGAUAAUGCAGGAAAUGCAGACACUAAAACACAUCGCACAGUGGUCCCUGAAACAAGCAAGAAUUGACUUCUGGAAAAAAUGCCACGAGAAUUUUAAGAAAAAUGUCAUUUCAAACAAAGCAGCUUCUUCCUUUUUCUCCACCCAGGCCCUUAUGGCCUGUGAGGAUACAGUAGGACAAAGCAGCAUUGAGGAACGCCAUCUGCUGCUUACCCUGGCAGGACACUGGCUUGCACAGGAGGACCCAGUGCCCUUGGACAAGCUGGAGGAGCUGGAGAAACAGAUCUGGGUCUGCCGCAUCACCCAGCACAACCUCCUCAGAGGGAAUCCAGAGGAAACAGAGCCUAGAUUUUCUCGACAGAUCUCAACUAGUGGUGAACUUUCCUUUGAUAGCUUAGGCAGUGAGUUUUCCUUCUCCAAAUUGGCUGUUCUGAACACGUCAAAAUACUUAGAACUUAAUGGCCUUCCAUCCAGAGAGGCAUGUGAGAAUAGAUUGGAUCGGAAGGAGCAGGAUUCACUAAACUUUUUGAUUGGGCACCUACUGGAUGAUGGCUGUGUACAUGAAGCAAGUAGAGUGUGCCGGUACUUUCAUUUCUAUAACCGAGAUGUGGCCUUGGUGUUACAUUGCAGAGCUCUGGCCUCAGGGGAGGCCAGUGUGGAUGACCUGCACCCAGAGAUCCGUGCUCUCCUACAAGGUGCUGAGCUGCCUGAGGAAGAGGAGGAGCCUGGCAUUCCUCUAAGGAAAGUCCACAGCACUUCCAGCUUGGAUAGUCAGUCAUUUGUGAUGGUGGUCCCCAGUGAUGAAGUGGUGACAAAUCUGAAAACUCUGACAAGCAAAUGCCUCAAUGGGAAGAACUACUGCCGGCAGGUCCUCUGCCUGUAUGAACUUACCAAGGAAUUGGGGUGUUCCUACACAGAUGUUGCUUCCCUAGAUGGUGAGGCCAUGCUGCGGACAAUCUUGGCCUCUCAGCAGCCUGACCGAUGCAAACAAGCCCAGGUCUUCAUCAGCACUCAGGGCCUCAAGCCAGACACUGUGGCUGAGCUUGUGGCUGAAGAGGUGACCCGUGAGCUGCUGACCCCAUCAGAGGGAACAGGACAUAAGCAGAUGUUCAGCCCAGCAGAGGAAAACCAGACAUUUCUUCAGCUGACUGCUCUGUGUCAAGACCGUACAUUGGUAGGCAUGAAGUUGUUGGAUAAGAUUUCUUCUGUUCCCCAUGGGGAACUGUCCUGCACCACAGAGCUCCUGAUCCUGGCCCAUCAGUGCUUCACCCUGACGUGCCACGUGGAGGGCAUCAUCAGAGUCCUACAAGCUGCUCGGAUGCUCACCGACAACCACUUGGCCCCCAAUGAGGAGUAUGGACUGGUAGUGCGUCUCCUCACUGGCAUCGGAAGAUAUAACGAGAUGACGUACAUAUUUGACUUGCUACAUAAAAAACACUACUUUGAAGUGUUGAUGAGGAAGAAGCUAGAUCCGAGUGGUACCCUGAAGACAGCCCUGCUAGACUACAUCAAACGCUGUCGCCCUGGGGACAGUGAAAAGCACAACAUGAUUGCUCUGUGCUUCAGCAUGUGCCGGGAAAUAGGGGAAAACCACGAGGCAGCUGCCCGCAUCCAACUGAAAUUGAUCGAGUCUCAGCCCUGGGAGGACAGCCUCAAGGAUGGGCCCCAGCUGAAGCAACUGCUGCUAAAGGCCCUGACUUUAAUGCUGGAUGCAGCAGAGAGUUAUGCCAAGGACUCCUGUGUGCGACAGGCCCUGCACUGUCACCGGCUCACCAAGUUGAUAACACUACAGAUUCACUUCCUGAACACUGGCCAGAACACAAUGCUUAUUAACUUGGGCCACCAGAAGCUGGUGGACUGUAUCAUGGCCCUACCUCGGUUCUACCAGGCUUCUAUUGUGGCCGAAGCCUAUGACUUUGUUCCUGACUGGGCUGAAAUUUUGUACCAAAGAGUGAUUCUUAAAGGAGACUUCAAUUACUUGGAGGAAUUUAAGCAGCAAAGGUUAUUAAGACCCAGCACAUUUGAAGAUAUUUCAAAAAAAUACAGACAACAUCAGCCUACCGACAUGGUCACAGAAAACCUGAAGAAGCUGCUCUCAUAUUGUGAAGACAUCUACCUGUAUUACAAGUUGGCAUAUGAACACAAAUUUUUUGAUAUAGUAAAUGUGCUUCUGAAGGACCCUCAAACAGGCUGCUGUCUGAAGGACAUGCUUGCAGGUUAGACGACUACAAAUAUGCCUGUUUAGUACUGACCCAAGCUCUGACAGAUGUCCAUGAUCCGAGUAGAAUGCCUUUGAGGAUCAUUGUUAUCUGAGUUGACAAAACCCAGGAAUAUAUUACAUUCGUUCUUUGUGGGUCAUGGGUAAUGAAGGAGAGACUUCACAAAGAAACUCCUAUUUGAA